AUGAAAUUUUUUGCGCUCAUCUUUCUGGUUUGUCUCGCAAUUGGCGCUGAUGCUCGCAAGAAAAAGAAACUUUUCCGCCGAAUAUUGAACAAGUUGUCCCAUCUUGAGGACCUGAUUAAGAAGAAACAGGCCUGCUAUCCGCCAAAGCCAACACCCGCAAGUUCCUGCAAAGAAAUAUAUGAAAAAGACAGUGCCAGCCCGAACAAGGCGUAUAACCUCAAGCUUGGGAAUAAAUAUCUGUCUGUGUAUUGUUCCAUGGAUGGGGAGCUCGGAGACUGCGGUUGUGGGGGAUGGACGCUGGUCAUGAAGAUUGAUGGUGCAAAGCACAACUUUAACUACGAUUCAAAAGCGUGGUGUUCCAGGUCUUCAAUCUCUCCCGAAAAUGGAGAAACGGGGUUGGAUCACUUGGAGACCCUGUUACCAACGUACUGGAGCACGUCCUUUACCAAGAUCUGUCUCGGUAUGAAGGUCGAUGGAGUAACCAGGUUCUUGCGAGUGGAUAGGGCAGCAGCCUCACUGUAUACCCUCAUUGCUGAUGGUCAGUACCGUGCUACCUCGCUGGGCCGUGAUGCAUGGAAGAAGCUGAUUGGCCCCAAAGCCUCCCUCCAGCGCAACUGUAAUCAAGAAGGCUUCAGUUCGCGGGUGAGUAGUAGCGUUCAUUCUCGGGUUCGAAUUGGAAUCAUCUCUAAUCAAGAAGGAAAUUGUCAUUCCCCUGAUUCCUUUAUCGGAUUUGGUGGAGGAGGGUCAGGAUUCAAUAACGCGUGUGGAAACGGAGCCUCGUGGGGUCCAGACAACGGAAACAAAAAUAUCAAGGCAUUUGGAUACAUUUUCGUUCAGUAA